UCAGGUCAGCCAAUAUAAAGCCCCCUUUGCUACCCUCAAAAACUCGUCUCCUCCACACAACGCCCCACUCUCCCUAGGUCUUUGUCUUUGAGCAUUUCAGCAGCGAAGAGCUCAAGGCGGAGACCCUCGCAGCCUUCAAUCGCUCUUCAUUUUCUUCAAAGGAGACGCAAUGGUUGAUCAGGUUCAACACCCUACUGUCAUGCAAAAGGUAGCUGGCCAGCUCCUUCAGCAAUCCAUUCAGGGAUAUGAUACUGGCUUCCAAAGACAGGGGAUGUACCAGAGACGUCCUGCAUAUGGAAAUUAUUCCAAUGCUGCAUUGCAACACCCCAUGAUGCCAGCUUGCAGAGCUACCACUGAUCUGUCCAUGAUUCCAUCAACUGCAUCCCCAGUGUUUGUGCAAGCCCCCGCAGAGAAAAGCCACUUUGCCAUUGAUUUCCUUAUGGGUGGUGUUUCUGCUGCUGUAUCUAAGACCGCUGCUGCUCCCAUUGAGCGUGUCAAGCUUUUGAUUCAGAACCAGGAUGAAAUGAUCAAGUCUGGUCGGUUAUCUCAACCCUACAAGGGCAUUGGUGAGUGCUUCUCCAGAACAAUCAAGGAAGAAGGAUUUGGUUCAUUGUGGAGAGGAAACACUGCCAACGUCAUCCGUUACUUCCCCACUCAGGCAUUGAACUUUGCAUUCAAGGAUUACUUCAAGAGGCUAUUCAAUUUCAAGAAAGACAGGGAUGGUUAUUGGAAGUGGUUUGCUGGUAACUUGGCCUCAGGAGGUGCGGCUGGUGCUUCUUCUCUUUUCUUUGUCUACUCUUUGGACUAUGCUCGUACCCGUUUGGCUAAUGAUUCUAAGGCUGCAAAGAAGGGAGGAGAGAGACAAUUCAAUGGUCUGAUUGAUGUCUACAAGAAGACAUUGAAAUCUGAUGGUAUUGCUGGUCUAUACCGUGGAUUCAAUAUAUCGUGUGUUGGUAUCAUUGUUUACCGUGGUUUGUACUUUGGACUGUAUGAUUCACUCAAGCCUGUGGUCCUAACGGGAGGUUUGCAGGAUAGUUUCUUUGCUAGCUUUGCUCUUGGAUGGGUCAUUACUAAUGGUGCUGGUCUUGCUUCCUACCCAAUUGACACUGUUCGUAGAAGAAUGAUGAUGACCUCCGGUGAAGCCGUCAAGUACAAGAGUUCUUUUGAUGCCUUCCAGCAGAUCUUGAAGAAUGAGGGUGCCAAGUCCCUGUUCAAGGGUGCUGGUGCAAACAUUCUCCGUGCCAUUGCUGGUGCUGGUGUCCUUUCUGGUUAUGACAAGUUGCAGCUGAUUGUGUUCGGGAAGAAGUAUGGUUCUGGAUCUGGUUAAGAAUGUCUCGUCUCCCAGGCCAGAUAGCUUUUAGAUGGUGAUGAAAAUCUCUUUUUGAGUCUGAAGAACUUAUUUCGGCAAAAUUUUCCUUGAAUAAUUCAGUUUUAGGGGAGUUGAUCCCAAACAGAAUGGGAUUGAUUUUUGUUCUCAUAAGCCAGAUUUUUACUGUGAGUGGUGUAAAUGCCACACAUAUUUGGAGUUUUAUUCAGAUGAUAUGCAGGUUAUUGUGUGUUUCAAUUGUUAAAUGUCAAUUCUUUUUCUA